AUGAAAAGUACAAUUCUACUAUUUUGUCUCCUGGGAUCAACUCAGUCAUUACCAAAGCAGCUUAACCCCACUGUGGGACUUGCUCCAACAAAACCAGCUCCAGAUCAGGUGACCCUUCUAACUCAACAGCAGGCAAAUCAGGUCUUCCCUUCUUUAAGUCUAAUACCAUUAACACAGUUGCUCACGCUGGGAUCAGAUCUGCAACUGCUGAACCCUGCUACAGGUCUGGCACCUGGGGCCCAGACCCUCCCAUUGACCUUGGGGGCAUUAAAUGGACAACACCAGCUGCAGUCACAGAUGUUACCAAUUAUUGUAGCACCACUUGGAACCCAGGGUGGUAUCCUAAGCUCAGAAGAAUUGCCAUUGGCCUCACAGAUCUUCACAGGCCUCCUUAUCCAUCCCCUGUUCCCAGGUGGCAUUUUGCCUACCAGUCAGUCAGGGGCUAACCCAGGUGUCCAGGAUGGAGUCCUUCCUGCAGGACAAGCAGCAGUAAAUCCUGCAAUCCAGGGAACCACAAAGGGCCAUGUCUCAACUCCCAGUGUCACAGAUGAUGACUUUGAAGUAACGACCGCAGGAGGCAUCCAAAGAAGCACACAUACUACUAAGGAAGCUGCUACAGAAUCACCACAUGGAAUUCAAUAA